AUGGUUGUAAUUAAUGAAGGUUGCUAUCGCAUUUCUUUGGAAGAGCGAUUCCAACAAAUGGCAAUAGGCGUGCAGCGGGAAGGAUGUGAGGAUCCUGUAGCUUAUGACUCUUCUGUAGACGAUUAUCUCCGAAGCACAUCUUUUACUCAAAUCACUGCAUGUGCUUUCCUUAUGAUUUCGAUGAUAAUCAGCCGAGAGUUGCCGUCGUCUUCAACAACCUGCUACUUCAGCAAUCCUACAACAGCCAUCGCCGGCUACAACUACUACCAGCCUCUUCUCGUCAUCACUCCAAUGGCUCACCCUCAACGACUAGCCAUACAACUCACUGAAAAUCACAACUACAACAUAAUCGAUUCUCCUCUAUAUAGAUGCAGUCAUUUGUGCAAGUUACGUAUAGAACCAGAGUCAAGCAAGGACACCCUUACUUGGAAAGGCACAGGGCAAGUUUGGCCUUGGAUUUCUGGAGUUUCGACUUGCGGAAUGGACAACUGCGAUAUGCCAACAAUUCAACUACAAAAACGACGCCCUCAUCGAAAGGAGGCGUUCAUUUCGCUUGUCGUUCUUCAGGAGCUGAAAAGGAUUGUUGAAGACUCGGAAAUCAUGCAGGACGAUGACGCAAAGAGGCCGGAGCCCGGAUAA